CGGUCUGUGACCGGUCUAGUCGUUCCCCACCGAAUUGGGAAAGUUCCUAGAAUUCAAUGCCCGUCCCUUCCUUUUUCUUCAAAUAAUAAUCAUGAAAAUGCCGGAUAUCAAUUCGUUGGACAGUGCUCGUCCUCUCGGCGGUGCGGUGGCUGCUCAUAGCUACUCGUCGCAUCCGGAAUCUAAUCUUGAGGAUCUGUCUGGCCAUGAAGAAAUUCCUGGCCAUCCUCUGGGCGUGAAACCCAGUGGCAAUGCCUUGCUCGCCGCAGAGAAUCUGCGCCAUGCAAUUGGGACCUUUAAUAUCCUACCGGAUGAGUCGAUAUUGAUGUUGCUGGAAUACCUCGACGGGCCCAGUUUGUUGAAUAUUGGACAGUCAUGCAAGGCAUUUUAUGCUUUUACCAGAGCCGAGGAUCUCUGGAAAGCUCUUUUUAUCGGGUCUCCUCCCGCUUCGUUCUCAUGGAAAGGAACAUGGCGUUCAACUUAUCUUAACAUUCCUCCAUCGGAAGAGUGCAUCCUGGACUGCUCGAAUCUAUUCUCGGAUGUCCUGCACCGACCCUUCCACUGCGCCCACAUAUCUCUAGAUCCCUACAUCAAGAAUAUCCCUGCCCGCAACCAAAUUGCUCGUCUCCCCGAUCUCUCUUUCGAGGAGUUCAAUGAAAAAUGGAGCGACACGCCCUUCAUCUUGACUGAGCCGGUGAAACAAUGGCCAGCGUACAAGCAAUGGUCCGUAAACAUGCUACUAGAUCACUACGGCGAGGUUGUCUUCCGUGCAGAGGCAGUGGAUUGGCCUUUCCAUACUUAUGUCGAUUACAUGCACAACAACUCCGAUGAGAGUCCUCUUUACCUGUUCGACCGGGCCUUUGUCUCGAAGAUGGGCCUUAAGGUCGGUCAACCGGACCAGGAGCCUGAAGCCACUUACUGGCCUCCCGGUUGCUUUGGAGAAGACUUCUUCUCCGUGCUGGGCAACGAUCGCCCUGACAGGCAGUGGCUGAUCAUUGGACCCGAGCGGUCUGGAAGUACAUUUCACAAGGACCCGAAUGCUACCAGUGCCUGGAACGCGGUUGUCCGUGGCUCGAAGUACUGGAUCAUGUUCCCGUCGUCUUCGAAGCUCCCGCCGCCUCCGGGUGUCUAUGUGUCAGACGAUCAGAGUGAAGUGACUUCCCCUCUUAGCAUUGCUGAGUGGCUUUUUGGCUUCCACGCGGAGGCACGACGCACUCCAGGCUGUAUUGAGGGGAUCUGUCACGAGGGGGAGAUUCUCCACGUUCCUUCGGGAUGGUGGCACUUGGUCGUCAACAUCGAGCCGGCUAUUGCCAUUACUCAGAACUUCAUACCCCGUGCCCAUCUGAGCGCUGCGCUGGACUUCUUGUCUAACAAGGCCGACCAGAUUUCAGGUUUCAGGAAGGACGUAAACAAUCCCUACGAACGGUUUGUGGCGCAGAUGCAGAAAUCGCACCCUGAACUCUUGGAACAGGCGCAGGCAGAGCUGCAGAAGAAGAACGAGGGGAAGAAACGGAAAUGGGACGAAAUUGUGCACGGAAACCCAGAGCAAGACGGAGGUGAGGCCGCCGAAGGAGGCGGUUUCAGCUUUGGGUUUGGAGAUGACAGCGAUGUUGAAGUCCCCUAAAUUGCAGUCUCUGCUACUUGCAAGUGAACGCAUAAAUGUUCAUUGGACGAGUAUGCAACUGCUGCUGUUUACAAACGACAAGACGACUACAGCUAUCCAACGAAGCUAUUGCUGAGAAUAUGCCGAG